UACCUAUUACUGGUGCUCGUGUUGGUGUUCAUCUCCUGCGAGGUGCUGCUGCCGGUGUUUUACCUCAGGAUCUACUUCACUCUCUGGAGGCAAAAUUCCUAUUUCAAAGGCGGGCAGCGAGGGCACAGCGACAGCCGACGGACCAACAGCCUGCUCCCCAAAGCCAAGACGAAGACGCUCAAGAUGACCUUCGUAAUCGUCGUCACGUUCUUCGUCACAAAUACUCCGUACGUUAUACAGGAACUGGUGCUCGCCUUCGGCAAGAACCUCGACCCGAGCGUCAUCGCCAUAUUCGGCAUCAUCUCCGCCUCCAACUCCGCCCUGAACCCCUUCAUCUAUCUCCUCUUCUGCCCCAAGAACGAGAGCCGAUCCUCCGAGAGCUACCGCGUCACCUUCAAGAGCCGCUUCACCCUCAACGGCAGGACGGACAGCCAGCACACGCCAGCGUCCGCCCAGGACUCGCUCAUCUCCACCAGCAAGACCGGCAGAUGA